AUGAAUUGCCACGAGCUCCAGCAACGCGCCAGGCCAUCGCGCUACGUCAUCAAGCGACCCAAAGCGCUCCAGUGGUUCCACAACGGACGAUUGUACAAGGCGAGCGACGAGGAGAGACAGGCGGGACGGUUCGAGCUGUUCCUAGACUUGCUGUACGUCGCCAUCGUCGCCAAUUUCAGCGACGACCUCGCCGAGCAUCCCGAUGGCGCGCACCUCGCCAAGUACAUGCUCAUUUUCGCGCCGGCGUGGCAUGUCUGGGCGGACCUUCGGGAGAUCAUGAACUCGUACUACACGGACGACUUGGCACAGCGCCUCGUCAUUCUGUGGGUCAUGGCUCUGCUCGUCUUGUACGCCAACAACGCAAGACGGGUGGAUGAUGUCGCUGCCGUGAGAACCGCGGCAGGCGCGUACCUGGUGGCUCGCUUCAGCACCAUGUGCGUCUUCCUCGUGUCCUCGUUUGCGAGCUACCAGCACCGGGCGCAGGCGCGCGUGCUUGCCGGGUUCAUGUUUGCAGGGCUCCUGAUGGGCAUCCCGAUCUUGUCCGAGGACGUCGGCCUCGGCGCAAAGGCCGCGGUGGCUGCCGUCAUGAUUGUCUACCAGGAGUGCACGUGGUCGCUGACCCUGAGCCCCUGGUUCAAGCGCCGGCUCAAGCUCAGGUACAGCACGGCGGUGGACGUUGCGCACGAGGUGGACCGCAUGGCAGCCUUCUUCAUCAUCAUCCUCGGCGAGUUCGUGUACAGCGUCGUGGUGGGGGACCCGGCCGGCGUCGGGGUCACGCCGGGCUACGCCAAGGCCGUGUGCACGCUGGUGAUUGCCUUUUGCAUCAACUGGAUCUACGCCAGCGGCGACGGGAGCCUGCACGCCACGCAUCCCAUCCGGCGGUCGGCCGGGACGGCGUUUGCCUUUUUCCUGCUGCACCUGCCCCUGGCGGCGUCGUUCCUGAUCGGAGGGCACAUGUGCGCCGUCAGCACCAAGCUGCACAGGCUUGACGACGGCCAGCGCUGGCUCCUGGGCGGCGGGCUCGGCGCAGGGCUGCUUUGCCUCUGGAUCUACGGCCAGCUGUACCGGGCCACCGAGGACGAAGCCUGCCUGGUGCUGCCCAAGCAGUACCGCAUCGGCAUGCGGCUCGUCGUGGCCGCGGUUCUGGCGCUGCUGCCCGCGACGCACCGGCACUUGACGGCCACGCAGCUCAUGGUCGCCGUCAUGUCCCUGUUUGCGCUUCUGACCGUGUGGGAGACGAUGGGCGGGCUGAUGAAGGGGGCCUGCGUCUUUGAGCCCUGGACCGACACUCGUGCUCCCCUGGACGAGGGGGAGGCAGAAGCCGAGCCCGAGGCACGAGCCUAG